GUCGCGCUGGGAAUUAGCCCAACAUCAGCCCGUAAGUACAAUGUUUAUCAAGCAAAAGUUGCGUGAUUACUUGUUGGCUUUCGUGCAAACCAGUUUUUGAGACUUACACGAAUGGCCUUCCUCUAAGGUAUAGCUUCUUUAAAAAAGACUUAUUUAUUGAAAAUUCAAAAUCUCUUACUUGGGAUUUCCCUCAUUCAAGGCGAGUUAACAUAUCUUUUUUUCACCGUUACUUUUAUUAAAAUUACAUCUCUUAAAUUGACGCUACAGUAGAUGAUCCUCACGAUAUACUUCGAAUUACGAUCCAUGCAACUCCUUGUUCUUGAGAUUUUUUCCCCGCAGUUUCAUAUCAUUGCCCUGCCAGUUUUGUUCGUAUAGUUUACCUUUGUAAUGAUUCUUAUUUACCACUAAUAUUCGCAGCAAUGUUAGUGGCCUCCACUUGCCUGACGGAUGUUGCAUUCUUAGAAUUCUAAAUUAUGCUCUACGUUUCUUACUAAAAUCAAUCAACUCCUUCAUUUGUUUUGUCAGUUGUAUAUAGAUCAGACUGUGGUAGCGUUUUUUGUAUUUAGCAAGGGAAAUACUACGCGAUGGCGUGCUUUUCACGCUAACUUCAUCUCAUGGCACUUUGUUGACUUAGACUACUAGAUGGGCUCCUGACUGCUAUCAGCAGGUCACGACAUCCAAUCAACAGAACGUCACGACAUUAGCGUCGUAGCCACGACACGCGAGCCUGCAGAUAAUUCAUGCAAAAAAUCUAACAUUGCUUCGGAAAAAAAUGCAAAUCGAUGUUCCGGCAAUAUAUGUAAUGGAAUUUACGGUUAGAAAACACUUGGGUUUAAAAAAUGGCCGAACACGGCUUUCCCCGCGGCGGGUGUUUAAUUAACGCGCUUUUCGGGAUCUAAUGGAAUUUUGCACUGUUGAAAGAUUGAUUAUUUUGAAAGGCACUUUAGGAGACAGAGACGUCAGGGACAUAUUGAUAUGUCCCGGAUAUGUCGAAGUAAAAUUCUGUCCAGUUUGUAAAAAAACUGAGAAAAUUGGUCAUUUAGCUACCUUUAAGUGAAAAAGCAAAAGUAUUAGUACAGCAAUUUAAAAGCGUAUGCAACGUUAAAGGCAUUUUAGAACUGUUUUUUUUUCAAGGUGACAAUGAACAUGUUUAAGCACUGCAUGAUAUACAUGGACAUCCCCCGCUAAUCUUGGACGUCAUCGGGACCAGUUAAUUUUUUUCCCGUAUGUGUUGCGUGAAACUCGUUUCAACCCUCUUGGGAUUAGCCGGGAAAAAAAAAAGGGGAGAGGGGAGGGGGCAGGGAGUAACUGUCAUUCAUAUAUAUGGGCUAUUUAAACACUCGAAAAAAUUCGCAAACCCUCGCGAAACUUGGAGACUACAAGGAGGACGGAAGUUAACCCCUGUUGUGGGAGAGGAGUGGGUGGGUUCCCGAACGGGAAGAUGACCUACUGCAGCGACAAAUAUAAAAACUCUUUAACUUAGGAAAAAGAAAAACACAUGGAGCUGAAGCUGUGAGUACGGAACAGUUUUAUAAAUACUUAAAGCAAUAGAAUGCGACCCCUCUCAAUAAUAUACUAGAUCCGGAGACGAAUAUGGAAACCGAAUGUAACGAAAAAAUGGAAGGCCGCGCUUGAUUAUCUCAUAACUGAUGAAGAGUUUGAAGCCGCAAUUAACAAACUGAAGGCAAACAAAUCUCCGGGUAUCGAUAAUAUAUUAAAUGAAGUAAUUAAAAAUUGGAAAGGACGCCAUUGAAGAGCAUUUAGUAAAUUUAUUUAGUCGAAUCUUAGAUACUGGCAAAUACCCUACUCUUUGUAGUUUUGGCCUCAUUGUACCUCUUCAUAAGAAGGAUCGAUCCAAAGUCGAAAAUUACUGAGACAUCACUUUGCUCUCUGCGCUAGGCAAGCUCUUUACAUCAUCCUCAACAAUCGACUGUCAAUAGCGGACGUGACGUCACGUGAAAACGCUUUACAGUCGACUUCCGAUAACUCGAACCUUCAAGGGAAAUCGAAAAAAGUUCGAGUUAUCGGGAUCUCGAAGAAAAUAGCCGAGAGUAAGGUAAAAAACAGUUUUUACUACACAGUGAACAUUUUAAUCUCAUUUAAUUGUAGAAAUGUCAAGUGAAAAUUAGAAGAUACUUCUAGAUUAUAAUCAGAACGUAACGUAACUGACAUUGCCUAAAUAGGGCAUGCGUUUUACUGUUUUGAGAAGUAAAGCUGCUUCACGUUAGCCUGUGGCAAUCAACAUCAGCCUCCAUUAGUAAACUAUACUCCUACAACACGUUAAUAGGAAAUCCAAAAUUCAGUGUUUCGGACGCCAGUAGACGGUUUUUUUCCCGACUUUUUAUCGAGGGUAAAAUUAUAUAGAAAAUGACCUGAGGGGGAACGAAAGUUGGUUCGAGUUGGCGGGAGUUCGAGUUAUCGAGGGUUCGAGUUACCGAGGGUAAAAUUACAGUAAAUGUAUGACGGAAAUCCAGGGGAAAUCGAUUUUGGUUCGAGUUAACGCGAGGUUCGAGUUAGCGAGGGUUCAAGUUAUCGGGAGUCAACUGUACAUGGUUCAAAGAGGAAUUUUGAAACUGAGUGAACAAGGUGGCUUCCGAAAAAUGCAUGGCACAUUUGAUAGCAUCUUCACAUUAAUAGUUCAAAACCACUUAAACAUAGCAUUGUUAAACGCAUUUUAGUAUUUAAACGGUAGAUAUAGGCAUAUUUUUAUCGCCUAAAAAUUUUUCAUCUGUUCGGAUUUCCUAGCUGAAAGUCUAGUGAUACGAAAAUUAUAGGGACCAAAACUUACCUUUUCGAAAAUUUCAGCCAGAAUAAAGGCUUCCGAAAAUUCUAGGUGACCUUUUUAGGGUAAAAACCCGUUAAAAAAGGGCAAUUGUACCAUUUUUUAGAUGUUCGAAAAUUCUAUGAGAGGCAAGCAAGCAAGAAAUUUUACAACAAAGGUUCCGAAAAUUCUAGAUCUCAAAUCGUCUUCCAAACAGAUAUUCGUUGGGUGCCCCUGGCUUAUUGACAAGUUCGUGAAAUCUAAACCACAGAAGCACCGAAAUUUACUCUUUUCAUGCUUCGUCGACUUUAGAAAAGCCUUCGACUGUAUACCCUGACAAAAACUAUUCGACAAACUGAGAAAAGAAGGUGUCCAAGGACGUUUCUUAGAAGUUUUAAUAUCCAUUUACUCAAAUGAUAAAUCGGCUGUUAAAAUUGAUAACAAACUAACCCAAUCCUUUACUUGUCAUGCCGGGGUAAAGCAAGGUUGCAUGUUGUCACCUACUCCUUUUAAUUUCUAUCCAAGUGAUCAACCAAAAUUCCUAAAUUCAGCGAGUUCAACGGACAUUUAUGCUAAGUGAUAAAUCUAUAAAUUGUAUCUUAUAUGCGGACGAUCUAGUGAUCUUCUCUGGAUCGGCAAAAAGCCUUCAAAUAAUCCCUAACGAACUGGAAUCGUUCUGUAAAAAUACCGAUUUAAGUGUAAAGUUUAGACAAGACAAAAAUUAUGAUUUUUAAUAAAGGCCAGUCUUUAAACAAGGGCUCGUUCAGAUACGGCGCUGAUGAACUGGGAAACGUCAAAUCCUACAAAUAUCUUGGACUGGAAGGUUUCCAAUGAGAAUUGAAGCCCAAUGUAGGAACUUUAGGUUCUGGUUCACCUUAACCAAAAAUGAAAACAAAUGAUCGCAAAUAGCAUACGAUGACAUAAACGGGAAUGAAAAUAAAGCUUUCUGGAGCAAAAAAAAAACAAAAACAAAAGACAGAUAGGGUUAGGAGAAUUCUGGAUGAAAGCAGUGCGCCUUUUCUCUUAAAAUCGGUCUAGUUCUUAUCUCAUCCAGCGCGAUUGCAAACCACGACGUUAUUAUUACUAAAGGGAAUGAGACCAGACGAGAAAAUACGGUCUCUAUUUUUUCUUCUCGGGCUUACGCCCUCGUUUGUCGCGGCUCGCGACUUUGCCGCUCGCGUGCUUAGGUUUCGCGUGCAGUAACUUUGCAAAAAAAAAAAAAUAAUAAGAGACUGCUCGCAGUCCAACUUAGGAAUCGUAAACGUGAUCAAGCAAGUUGCUGACUGCAGACUGCGGACUGUAGACCGUAGAAUGUAGACUGUGGACUGUAAAUUGUUAGAUGCAAAACGUAUUUAGAAUGAUUAGCUUAGCGAAGCGCUUUUUCUAUACCGGUUAUAUAAGAUAUAGAGCUCCUACGUUAAUAAGCCCUCCUAAAUCCCCAUACGAAGAUAUAUAAGCCUAAGGCUUAUAAUGGGAAGUUUAGAGGUUAGGCCAUCUGUAAAAAUAACUUUCUUCUUCUUCUUCUUCUGCUCCUUCGUCUGCUUCUGCUUCUCCUUCCUCUUCUUCUUAUAAUCUUAACUAUUGCACUCUGAUCUUUUAUUUUAACAGAGGAUCCCAAUUGCAUCAUCGAUGUGGGUUUUGUAGUGGACGCUUCCGGUAGCGUCAGAGACGACUGGAACGUUCUGCUAAAAUUCGUUACUGAUGUUGCACAGAAAAUCAACAUGCGGCCAGGAGGAAGCCAUAUUGGGGUCGUUUAUUUUGGCGAUAAUUCUGCGAAGGUGUUUGAUUUUAACAUUUUUGAUCAAACACCUUACAACGAGAACGAUAUUUUAGAACGGAUCAGAGCCAUCCCUAGACCAGGAUCCGGUGAACGCACGUUCAUUAACAGAGGUCUUCGACGCGCUAAUCGAGAACUCUUCAGGACCCAGUUUGGAAUGCGGCCGGAUGUUAGACAGGUACUUUGCCAAUAGAGAAGAGAAGUGUGACGUCACCAAAAGUCAAAUUUUCGAAUGCGGAAUUGGCUUGCAUUUUCAUAAAGAACGAGAUGAAAAAUACCCCUUGGCCAAAAAUCAGCAUGUUAGUGCAAAUUGGCCUGUACGGGAGAUGUCACAGGUGAUAUCUUUGUACCUGAGCCUGAAGUAGAGGUGGGCCAAGCAUAAUGGUGGGCAGUGAGUGGUAGUGGAAAGGGGGUGCAAAGCCUGAUGAGCUUGUAAUAUUGAGAAAUCAAAAUCAAACACUU